CCAAUCUGACGUCAACCACUCGUAGUCAUGGCCGCCUUUAGCGCAGAGCAGCAACCUUCCUCAGCCGGGAGCCCCAGCCCCACUCAGGCCGCAGCGCCGGAGCCCCACGAGGAGCAGGCGGCGGGACGGGGAGACCCGGAGGAUGACGAAGAGGAGGAGGAGGAAGAAGAAGAUGAGAGUAGCGGCGUGUCGGAGCGGUCCGAUAGCCCGGCCGGGAGCAGUAUGGACGGCGAGACGGGGAGCAACCGCCCCGAUGACGGGCCCAGCUCUGGAAGCAGCGCCCCCAGCACCGCCGGGAGCACCUCCGGGGGAGACGACGGCUACAGCAGCGCCAGCCAGUCCAGCCGCAGAACCAGCCUGGGGGGGUCGUCCGAGGGGGAACCGCUCAGCCGCAUGGAUUCCGAGGACAGCAUCAGCAGCACCCUGAUGGAUGUGGACAGCAUAAUUUCCAGCGGCCGCUCCACACCAUCCAUGAUGAACGUUCUGGGGAUCUCGGCCUCAUCCGCCAAGAGCCUCUCCUACGCCUGCUGCUGGGACCAGUGCCAGGCCUGCUUCUCCUCCAGCCCGGACUUGGCAGAACACAUCCGCACCAUCCACGUGGACGGCCAGAGGGGAGGGGUUUUCAUUUGUUUUUGGAAGGGGUGUAAGGUGUACAACACGCCCUCCACCAGUCAGAGCUGGCUGCAGCGGCACAUGCUGACCCACAGCGGGGACAAACCUUUCAAGUGUGUCGUUGGUGGCUGCAACGCAAGCUUUGCUUCUCAAGGAGGGCUCGCCCGUCACGUCCCCACCCACUUCAGUCAGCAGAACUCUUCUAAAGUGUCUGGUCAUCACAAGUCCAAGGAGGAGUCUCCGUCCAAAGCCGGGCUGAACAGGCGGCGAAAACUGAAGAAUAAGCGCAAGCGCUCCCUAACAGCAGGGCUGGGAUCCACUCCUUAUACUUCCGCACCAGUACAGAUGAAAGCCAGGCCACACGACUUCUUUGAUGCACAGACUCUGGAUGCCAUCCGCCAUCGUGCCAUCUGCUUUAACCUCUCUGCCCAGAUAGAAUCCUUAGGGAAUGGCCACAGCGUGGUGUUUCACAGCACAGUGAUUGCAAAGAGAAAGGAGGAUUCUGGAAAGAUUAAGCUCCUGCUGCACUGGACUCCAGAAGACAUUCUUCCUGAUGUCUGGGUGAACGAGACUGACUGUCACCAGCUGAAGACAAAGGUCGUCCAUUUGUCCAAGCUCCCUAAAGACACAGCCCAUCUCCUGGACCCCAACAUCUACAGAGAUUCUAGUAAAAGGAUCACUCCCAGCGGAUCCCUGGCAGAUCACUUCUCUUAAGACAACGCUCUGAGGCGCACCACAGAAGCAAGAAGAUGACGGCAUCUGCGAGAGUGGAGCAUCCAGAAUAUCCUCAUGCUCCUCGUACAGUGUUCGAUUGUCCGUGUGUUGUGGGGUGAUGUCCGCUUAUCGCUUCUUCCCUUGCAUGGCGACUGCUGUAUCUUGUUUGUCGUAGUUUGUGCCGCGACGUCCUACGAUUCUGCAGCGCCACUCAGUCAGACCUUAGCUGUGAUCCUGUCACGCUGACCCUUAUUAAUGUGACUUCCUGCGAGGCGUCCCGCUCCAACCCUCCUCGUGUAUAGUUUAUUGUUUCAAUGGAAGGAAACAACCAAUUGGAAACCUAUAAACUGCGCCAAAGUGAGAGCUCCUGCUCAGUGAAAAUAAAUUUUGUAAGAAAGAAUGAGCUUCCCCCGAUGAUGCUGCCGUCUCCGUGCCUGUAUAUACUGCAGAUUUGUAAUAUAUUUUUGUACUAUGGAGUUUAACUGUAGAGUUUCUUUAGAAGCAUAAUGUUCCCUGUAAAUAGCGCAAUCAUGAGUAAUGGAUGCUAUAUAUAUAUAUAUAUAUAUAUAUAUGCACCCUCUAUAAACUAAUCAUGUAGAUGUGCCGGCGACGAGGCGCUAACUAUCUCUGAGAAGAUUCUCCCGUCUCUUGUAUGGAAGGCAGUCUGCGGCAGGCAGGAGUGACUGUUUAACGCUGAGCCCCACCACUUUAGCAGUCCCACUGCGAUGGCGACGUGUAACCAGAUGAAGAACAGUCAGACAAUGAAGCACUUCUGCCCCUGCUGGCUACAUCCUGUCAUAACACAGCAUCUCGCCCGCUGUAAAAUUUCCGGCAUUAUGUUGUAGUCAUGGUUUCCGACUUCAAUCGUGGUAUGAGGAAACAGUGAAAUAUUUUAUUAUUUUUGUUUUUUAAUAAAAUAUUAGAAAUCAGA